CGGCCGUCAAGUAGAUCAUCUGCCAUUAUGCUGACGAGGAACAACUUGCGUUGAAUUGCAAUCAAAGAAGCGAUGCUGGGGCCAUCGCUGUCAGGCGCCUGGCGAUCAGAGAGGGCGAACGACAGCCCAUAACAUACCUUCCUACCACGCCCAGCUGUGCUCUUUGACUGAAAAUGCUGCGACUUUCGCUCCCCCUCGCUGUCCUCUUCUACGCCGUCGCAAACGGCUAUACGGUCACCUUCGACGACUCCUGCAAGCAUGACGGGGUCUCGACGAUGCUGGACGAUCGCCCUCUGCCUGCUGGCACUACAAUGGGCAACGCUCCAGCCAAGGUUGAGCUUAGGAGCCCCUGGGGGAGCUUCAAUGCCAGUCUCGCCCUCGGUACCACUAGCCUGAUCACCUUCUUCCACCCUCCCACCAUCGCCCCCUUCUAUUACAGGGGCAGCCUCGCAGUCGAGAAUCAGGCGACUACAAUGGCGCUCGAGUGCAACAAGAAGCACUUGGGCGAUUGCGACAGCUCCAUCUCGAUCGAUAAUGUAACAAGCAGCCUCGCGUGGAUUUCAGCUUCUCCUGCUAGAGUAGACCUGCCAAGCCGCAGUGCUUGAUCAUUCCUCCGCCCAUGGCGCCCCGUAGGCUAGCCCAUGCCAUACAAUACGACCGACUUUGCUCACGCCUUCGCUCCUCACGCGCACAGCGCGGUGAGGGUACGGGGUGGUGUCCAAUGUCCCGCCUACAUGAGCAUGAGCGGCUCGGUAGCAACUCGCGAGCCUGACUGGCCGCAAAGGGCACAAGAGGGCACAGGGCAGCAUGUAGAGACAGCGCGACCGACCAAAUAGCAUGGGGAAUAUCAGAGGGGCGCCAUCCCAUCCUUGUCCCCUC